AUGGAUAUGUCAAAGCUUCUGGUGUAUGCUCAACAAAUUGAGGAGUCAAAACUCAAGAAAAAGAAUAGAGAGGUGAAAAGAGAUAAAACCGGUGACGGGAACUUCUCCAAUGCUAGGUCUGAUGGACAAGGUCGACCAAGGUUCAGACAAAGGCCUAAUUGUGCAAAAUGUGGAAGAAAGCAUGAUGGCAAGUGUCUUGUUGGUACAGAUGGGUGUUUUAGUUGUGGGAAGGUUGGCCACAACAUGAGAGAUUAUCCAAUGCUCAAGGUUAAGGGAAGGGAAUAUAAACAAGCUCCUCCAAGCGGUUCAAACUCCAAUGCUCAAAAGCAAAACCGCUCCUAUGCUCUUCAAUCCCGAGGUGACCAAGAGAGCUCCCCGGAUGUUGUAACCGAUAUGUUAAAAGUCUUUUGCAUUGAUGUGUAUGCCUUGUUAGACCCCGGUGCUAAUUUGUCCUUUGUGACACCUUUUGUGGCCAUGAAGUUUGAAAUAUUCCCUGAUGUAUAA